UGUGAAGACAUAAGCAGUAGCACUUGAUGCCUAACGGGUACUGACAUCUGACCUCCAGCAUUAUGGCCAAUUCGAUAAAAACCUUUGUCUUCUUGGACCUGGAGGCCACAGGUUUAAAUCAGGAUGCCCCCAGAAUCACAGAACUCUGCUUAGUUGCCGUUCACCUGAGCUCUUUGGCUAAUCCAGUUAUGGAUGACUCUGGAAAACCUCAGCUGCCUCGUGUGCUGGACAAGCUGUGCUUGUGUGUAGAUCCAGACAAGCCAUUCACUGAGGGGGCUUCCAAAAUUACCGGCCUCAACAAUGAUAAUCUGUGUACAAACGAGAAGACUAGAUUUGACCAAAGACUCAUUAAACUACUCUCCGAGUUCUUGGAUCGGCAAGCUCAGCCCGUCUGCCUGGUGGCCCAUAAUGGUUUUUAUUAUGACUUCCCUCUUCUAAAGACAGAGUUAAAGCAACAGAAUGAGGAUUUUCCCAGCUCCUUGCUCUGCCUGGAUUCCCUCUCUGCUCUGCGGAAUUUAGACAAGAUGCACAACCCUCAGCCCAAUUAUGGUAGAGGCUACCACACCCUUCCACAACUUUACAGACGCUGCUUUGAUAAGGAUCCAGUGGAUUCUCAUUAUGCUGAGGGUGAUGUACUGACUCUCAUCAUGGUCUUCUUGUGUAAGGCAACAGAGCUACUGGAGAUGGGCACUUCUAUUUAUAAAAGAUGGGGAGAGAUUAAACCUAUGUAUGGUCAGGGUCAAGAGGAAAUCUGAUGCUAUAGAUAACAGGAGCACCAAAUUAAAGGGAUACUAAACCCAAAUGUUUUCUUUCAUGAUUUAGAUAGAACAUUUGAUUCUAAGCAACUUUCUAAUUUACUCCUAUUUUCAAUUUUUCUUCGUCCUCUUGCUAUCUUUAUUUGAAAAAUCAAAAAUGUAAGGUUAGGAGCCAGCCCAUUUUUGGUUUAGCACCUGAGUAGCGCUUGCUGAUUAGUGGCUACAUUUAGCAACCAAUCAGUAAGCGCUACCCAGGAGCUGAACCAAAAAUGGGCCGGCUCUUAAGGUUACAUUACCGCUUUUGCAAAUAAAGAUAGCAAGAGAACGAAGAAAAAAUGAUAAUAGGAGUAAAUUAGAAAGUUGCUUAAAAUUGCAUGCUCUAUCUGAAUCAAGAAAGCAGAAAAAUGUGGGUUUAGUAUCCCUCAGUUCCCCUUCUACUACUGGAGAAGUGACCACUCAGAUAUAACUAACGUACUUGCUCACAUCCCUUUCUGCUGCCAGGUUUAGAUCAGGCCCUGUGUAAUGUACACAGCAAUGAGAAAGUGUCUUUCAUAGCUUUAUUGUAGCUUUUUAGGUGCUGUAUGAAUACUAGCAGAGCCAUCGUGUCCUAUUAUAAUAUCACAAUUCAAAUAAUUAUGAAUAUUAAUAUUACUACCAGUAAGUUUUUAUAUUAUUGUACUACUAGACAAAAGAGCUUGCAAUUCAUUAGGUCUUUCCUAGGUUCAGUCAGAGAAGCUUUACAUAGAAUCUUACAAUGUUAUUUUGUUGUGUUAUAGACAAUUAAUUAGCUUGUGUUGCAGUCGAGAUACCCAAUGUUUUUUUUUGUUUUUUUUUUAUAAAUUGUAUUUGUUUGUUUUACUGAGCAAUCCCAUUAAACCUGUUCGGAAUAUUAAGCUUCUCAUAUAAUAUAAAAUGUAACCACAUACCUAACAGCUUGUAAUCUUUUUAAAGGAAACUGUUUUAUUGCAAACAACUUAAUAAAUUACAAUUGUUUUUA